AUCCAGACUUAUUGAAAAGCAGUGGCGUCUUUCCUCGAGGACUCAGAGCAGCUUUGAGGAGCGCGCGAGGCAGCAGCCAAGCGGACUGCCCCCUGAAACAAGUGCGCGUCAAACGGUAACACCACGUGAACGGCACGAGCGGGACGCACCGCCUCAAGACUUGGUGAUUCUAAGUUGUGUUUUUUUUUUUUACUGGGAAUGGACCUCACAGCCAAGAUGGAAAUUAACAUCAGCCAGCAGCAGCUGAUGCCGCCCGCUUGUUUCUUUUCCGCCGCGGCGGCGCAGAGCAUCCAGCUGAGCCCCAGCGGCAGCAGCCAGAGCAGCGGGAAGUCGGUGUCCAAGCAGCCGAAGAGGCAGCGCUCCUCCUCCCCGGAGCUGCUGCGGUGCAAACGGAGGCUGAAUUUCGCGGGUUUCGGCUACAGUCUUCCGCCGCAGCAGCCGCACGCGGUGGCCCGGAGGAACGAGAGGGAGCGCAACCGGGUGAAACUGGUCAACAACGGCUUCGCCACUCUGCGGGAGCACGUCCCCAACGGCGCCGCCAACAAGAAGAUGAGCAAAGUGGAGACGCUGCGCUCAGCCGUGGAGUACAUCCGCGCCCUGCAGCAGCUACUGGACGAGCACGACGCGGUGAGCGCGGCGUUUCAGUCCGGCGUCCUGUCGCCCACCAUGUCGCAGGGAUACUCCGCUGACAUGAACUCCAUGACAGGGUCACCGGUGUCCUCCUACUCGUCCGAUGAGGGCUCCUACGACCCCCUCAGUCCAGAAGAGCAGGAGCUGCUAGACUUCACCAACUGGUUCUGAGCAUCUAUAUGAGAAAUAUGGAUCAACUCAAUUUACUGUUGUUGCGCGCUUGGGAUGGUCCCGGAGGAGGCUGGCUGUCCUCAAGAACAAGACGCACCGCAUACGCGUUUUGGUCCUGCGUCCUUAACGCCCCGGUCCUCCCAGACCGACAGACAGACAGACAGACAGACAGAAACGGCCUUAACGUCCUAAAAACUUGUGGAGAACCAGGCCAGAGAUCAGCGCCAAAGGAUUAAAGGAAGACGGGUCUCCUGACAGCGUGGGAAUCCAAGCUUCUGUGCAUUUGCCCAUGAUAAACAAAAAACAAAACCCUAAAGUGAAUUCAUGCUCUUCAGCAGCACAUUGAAAACAUUAUUUAAUACGUCGCUCUUCAACUAUGCUAAAUCCAAUCACAGAACACUAACCCUUUGGUAAACCUCUCAGACGUUUUAAUUCAGAAAAUGCUUCCAUGUCGCGGAUUUAUUCUAUGAAAUUCUAUAUGAAAACGCUUUUUUGAAAUAUAUUAAGAUAUUUUUGUAUGUAAGAGAUUUAUAGAUGUUUUGUACACAUCCUUUUGUAUAUAUUUUGUCUAUAUAUUGCGAAGUUGCUUCUAUACCUCCUGCCUAUGUAGACGUGUAGUCUAUUACUCUCUGGCUCUUCUGUUCAUGAGGUUUCCAGAAGGAGUUUGACACUCCGACGUUUUAUUCUAGCACCAAUGUGUCUUAUUUAAUAGCAAAACCAUCUUAUUGCAUUAUGUCAUGAAGUUCACAAUGAUCAAAACUUAUGCAGCUAUUUUCCAAACAGAGCGCAAUGGCUAUGCAUUGUCUCUUUACACUGCAGCUCUAUAUUGUCUUCACAUAAACAGAUGUUGGAAAAAAAAAAGAAGUCUUAUAACCAUAUUUUCUACACUCUAGUCCAAGAAUAAAAUGAUUUGCUACUGAA